UGGGGGAAAAGACAGGAGGGUUUUGUGGGUGGUACUUCCCUCCGCUCUCUCUCUCUUCUGCUUGUGUCGUGGGAGCCAUUGUGGUGAACGGAGAUCGAGAGAGGAGGAGGAGCAGGAAAAGGCACACCUGCUGACGACGGUGAUCCGGGUGGGUGCGAGAUUUGCAGUUCGGCUUGUUGAAGAUCGUGUGAGCUGAUCGUUGCGUCGCGGCGAUGGAGAACAAAGAUAGCGAGAAGAAGAAGAAGAAAAGAGAGAAAGGUGAGGAAGGAGGAGGAGGAGCCGUUGUGGCUAUGGAUGUGGAUGGGAGACAGGAUGUGGCCGGUGUUAUCGCGUCCAUUCAGUCCGCUACCGAAUUCUUCAUCAAGCCUAGCCCGACCCCGACGCUCGACACGUCGAAAUGGCCGAUCUUGCUGAAGAAUUACGACAAACUGAAUGUCCGUACAGGUCAUUACACCCCGAUCCCGACGGGCCACUCUCCGCUGAAGAGGCCGCUGUACGACUAUGUCCGCUAUGGCGUUAUCAAUCUCGACAAGCCGGCCAAUCCGUCUUCCCACGAGGUGGUGGCCUGGAUCCGACGUAUUCUGAGAGUAGACAAGACGGGACACAGCGGCACGCUCGAUCCCAAGGUCACUGGAAGCUUGGUCGUUUGCGUUGACCGAGCGACAAGGCUGGUCAAGGCUCAGCAAGGGGCGGGGAAGGAGUACGUAUGCGUAGCCAGGCUGCACAGCGAAAUCGACGGCGUGCAGAAGGUAGCGAGAGCCAUCGAGACCUUAACGGGAGCGCUGUUUCAGCGCCCACCGUUGAUCUCCGCCGUCAAACGACAGCUCAGGAUCCGCACGAUCUACCAGAGCAAGCUGCUGGAGUACGAUCAAGCGCGGCACUUAGUCGUUUUCUGGGUGUCCUGUGAGGCGGGGACGUACAUACGAACGCUCUGUGUGCAUUUAGGUCUUCUGCUUGGCGUCGGCGGGCAUAUGCAGGAGCUCCGGCGCGUGAGAACGGGGAUCUUAGGCGAAAAUGACAACCUUGUGACUAUGCAUGAUAUCCUGGAUGCUCAAUGGACGUACGACAACUAUAAGGACGAAUCCUAUUUGAGAAGGGCAAUUAUGCCCCUUGAGGUGUUGCUGACAAGCUAUAAGCGCAUUGUGGUGAAAGAUAGUGCUGUGAACGCCAUCUGUUAUGGGGCUAAGCUCAUGAUUCCCGGCUUGUUGAGGUAUGAGUCGGGCAUAGAGGUAGGGGAGGAGGUUGUGAUGAUGACCACCAAGGGAGAGGCCGUCGCUUUGGGAAUCGCCCAGAUGACGACGGCGGUGAUGGCCACGUGUGAUCACGGGGUCGUGGCGAAGAUCAAGCGCGUGGUGAUGGAACGGGAUACCUACCCGCGGCGAUGGGGUCUGGGGCCGACGUCGAUGAAGAAGAAGCAGAUGAUCUCGGAGGGGUUGUUGGACAAAUACGGAAAGCCGAACGAGAAGACGCCGAAAGAAUGGUUACGAAAUGUUGUUGACGUCAGUUCUGUGCCAGUUGGCGGGCUGUCGGAACUGGAGCGGAUUGCCGCGGAGGCGGCGGGGGGAGGACACGUGGUGUCUCCGACGGCGGUGGUAGAGAAGGUUAAGGUCAAGGAAGAAGCAGACUAUGAAAUGGGGGAGGGGAAGAAGGAGAAGAAGAAGAAGAAGAAGGAGGAGGAGGAGGAGGAGAAUUGCCCGAAGAUGGAGGACGAGGAAGACGGGGAUAGAAAGAAGAAAAAGAAGGAAAAGAAACCAAAGGAGGAGGACGAUGAAGUGGAUGUUAGCGACGAGGAGGAUAAGAAGAAGAAGAAGAAGAAGAAGAAGAAGAACAAGGGAGAAGAAGAUGGACAAGAGGAGGCUCAGGAGAGGGAAGGAAAGCGGAAGAAGGAUAGGGGAUCGAGUCCCGCAGCCAGCGACGGAGAGACGGUUCAGCCAAAGAAGAAGAAAAAGAAGAAGACGAAGGGAGAUCAGGAAGAGGAGGACUAGUGGAGAGUAGUUGAACCGUCUUCAGAUUUAGGGAGAGAGAGAGAGAGAGAGAGAGAGCGGGGGGGAAGGGGAGGGUUCAGUGGGAGGAAGAUAGAGUUGGAAGCAAGCGACGGAUGAUGUCAAACUCCACCUUCCUCCCUCCUCCUUCCUCCUUCCACCUCCCUCCUCUCGUCUCGUAGCUGGGAUAAAUAGAAGAGGUAGCUGGUCGUGGCAAAUCUGACAUUUGCUGCGCGUGAUUGCGGUCGUCCGCCGCCGCCGCCGCCGCCCGUCGCCGAUGCCUAAUCAAAGCGCGCCGAAGAGGGAUGAGCUUUGUCCACGUCAGCAGCGUGAUCGUCCGCCUACAUGCAGGCAUAGUAGGAGAACAAAUACCAAAUGACGAAGAUUAGGUCGUGAACAACUAGCAGAUCCUCAAGGUCUGAAGGCCUUAAUUAACUGACGAAAAGCAGAAGAGACGGUGUAACAGAGGGUGGGAGAGAAGCAAAAAGAGUGGUGGGGUGUGUGAUCUCUCGCAUCAAGGGUUGCGCAGCUGGGAAGGGUGAGUUUUCUCAUGCAGAGGAGGCUUUGUCAUACUCGCCGGUGUUCGUUUCCGGUUCACACACACACACACAGAGAGAGAGAGAGAGAGAGAGAGAGAGAGAGAGAGAGAGAGAGAGAGAGAGAGAGAGAGAGAGAGAGAGAGAGAGGCGUGUUCCUUUCGUGACAAGCAGUAGGGAUGGACGGCGAGAUGAGUAAGCACGGGCUCUUCGUCGAGAUGUUUGUUGAAAUAGGGCUGCUGCUGCUGCUAUUGAUUUUUUGGCAAGCUCAAUUGGUAAUCAUGUAAGGCGGAUUUUGCGGUUCUUCCAUCUUCAAGAAACGUGGAGUUGAAGGACGUUCUACUGAUUCAUGGUUUUGUAAGAAGACGAUUGCUGGCAUAUUCUCUGCAGGUCUCCCUGCUCGCCGUCCUUAAAAGUUUUGGCCUUUGCUGUGUCACUACGGAUGUACAAUUCAACGUGGAGUCUGCGGGAGAUGCGCACUGCAGAUCCUCCUUGAGACUCUGCUUCCACACGGAGAGAGAGAGCGAGAGAGUGUAGGUGAGAGAGAGCAGGUGAGACAGUGUGUGUAUGUGGGAGAGAGAGAGAGAGAGAGAGAGAGAGAGAGAGAGAGAGAGAGACAGAGAGAGAGAGAGAGAGGUAUAUAGCAUUGGGAGAAGGGAGGUGAGGACGUUGUUUUGCGAGAGCCUGUAGAGACGACGAUGGCCGGUUGGAUUGACAGACGACGCUAUAGGCUUGGUUUGAGAGCCUGUAGAGACGAGCCUGUAGGAGAGAGACGACGCUAUAUGCCUGGGUUGAGAGGAGGUGAACUGAGCGUUGUGAGUGCUUGACAUGUAGGUGCAGCAUUUUUGUACGUCUCGCAGAUUUCUGUUGUUUUUCUUGUUUUAUUUUUAAAAAUGUCAAAAAUGUGUUUUCACUUC